UAAUUUACCUUUUUAGUUAUGGACUCAUCUACACUCGCGAGACUGCACGAGAGGAACGUGGACACUGCGUUCCAAGAUGGCGGCUUUCUGAAACAAAAUUCACGCAGGAGAAACGUUUUACAAGAUUUUGCCCCGCAAGCGGGUUAUACUGACCUAUUUUAUCACUGGUUGAGAACAUAAGAUAACAGUCCCACCAUGGCUGGCCUGCAGACCUGGGUUAACGACCAGCUGUAUGAUAUCCUGGGGAUGAGUGACAAGUACGUGGGACAGUACCUCAUCGGGCUGGCCGAGAAGUCCGCCAAUGCAGCCGACUUCGUGGAGAGGAUACGCCAGACGGGAACCAUCGACAUCGACGAGCCCAUCACCAAGUUUGCUCACGAGUUGUACAAGAAGGUCCCUAAGAAGGCCACAGCGAAGGUGUCCCAGUCACGACUUAAGGAGCAGGCAGCCAUCGCCAUGCAGCAGAAAAACGCUUCGUACCGUCUCCUGUCCGACAGCGAGGAGGAGGUCACGGAGGUCAAGACCAAGUCCAAGAAGCGGAAGAAGGAAGGGAAGGAGAAGAAGAGGAAACAGCUGAGGACAAGGAGGGAGGAGAGCAGUGAAAGUGAGAGUGACCAUGGAAGGGCCAUGUCUCCAGUGAAGAAGAAGGGAGACUCGGACUCAGACAUGGAUGAGUGGGAGAGGGAAGAGAAGGAACGAUUGAGAGACUUGGAGGAGAGAGAUGCCUUUGCGGAAAGACUGAAGGAAAAAGACAAGGAGAAGACUCGCAACAUCAUGGAAAGGAGCGACAAGAAGGCGUAUGAAGAAGCCCAGAAGAGACUUAAGAUGGCAGAGGAGGACAGAAAGAAGAUGCUCCCUGAGCUGAGGAAGAAGUCUCGUCGGGACUACCUGAAGAAACGGGAGGUGGACAAGCUGGAUGAACUGGAGGCUGAUGUGAUGGAUGAAGAGUACCUCUUCUCAGAGACCAAACUGACAGCCCGAGAGAAGAAGGAGUUAGAGUACAAGAAGAAGGUCCUGUCCCUGGCUAAGGAACAUAAGAAGGCAGGAGAUGUGGAGAAGGUGCAGAGGUACUACAUGCCUGAGGACAAGAAGAAAGAUGUAGGUAAGUACUCCUACGUAGAACCUGAGGAAGAAGAAAAAGGCCCAGGUUCAGAGCAGAAGCGAUGGGAGGAGGAACACCUGAACACUGCAGUCAUGAGGUUCGGAGCCAGGGAUGCUAAACAGAAGAUGAAGGAGAAAACUCAGGAGAAAGACUAUGAGCUGCUGGUUGAGGAUGACAUGAUCGACUUUGUGAGCGCGGUGACGAUGAGGGGAACUAUCGACACUAAGGAGAGUCAGCCUUCUUUCUCAGCAGCGGAGAGGAAAGCCCAGUCUAUCAAGGAGGUGAAGGAGAGUCUACCAGUCUUCAAGUACAGAGAGGGGCUGCUCCAGGCUAUCAAGGAACACCAGGUGUUGAUCAUCGAGGGUGAGACGGGUUCCGGUAAGACGACCCAGAUCCCCCAGUACCUGUACGAGGACGGGUACUGCCAGGGCGGGAUGAAGAUCGGAUGUACGCAACCUCGCCGUGUGGCCGCCAUGAGUGUCGCUGCUCGCGUAUCCGAAGAGCUGGGCUUCAAACUCGGCAAUGAGGUUGGAUACAGCAUCCGAUUUGAGGACUGCACAUCAGAGAGAACAGUCCUGAAGUACAUGACGGACGGCAUGCUACUCAGAGAGUUUCUGGGUGAGCCAGAUGUGUCUAGCUACAGUGUUCUGAUCAUCGACGAAGCUCACGAGAGAACUUUGCACACAGACAUCCUGUUCGGACUGGUCAAGGACAUCGCGAGAUUCCGACCGGACUUGAAACUCCUCAUAUCCAGCGCCACCAUGGACUGCGAGAAGUUCUCGGAAUUCUUCGACAAUGCUCCGAUCUUCCGCAUCCCCGGAAGAAGGUUCCCGGUAGACAUCUUGUAUACCAAAGCACCGGAGGCGGAUUAUCUAGAUGCGUGCGUCGUUUCCGUGCUACAGAUCCACGUGACACAACCGGACGGUGACAUUCUCGUGUUUCUCACAGGCCAGGAAGAGAUCGAGACAGCCAACGAGAUGUUAACGGAACGCACGCGGAAACUCGGGUCGAAGAUCAAAGAGCUGCUGAUCCUCCCUAUCUACGCUAACCUCCCAUCGGACAUGCAGGCGAAGAUCUUCGAGCCAACUCCGCCGGGAGCACGGAAAGUCGUUUUAGCGACAAACAUUGCUGAGACGUCUCUUACGAUUGAUGGAAUCGUGUACGUGAUCGACCCCGGCUUCUGUAAGCAGAAGAGCUACAACGCAAGAACGGGGAUGGAGUCGCUCAUCGUGACCCCCGUUUCCAAGGCGUCAGCCAAUCAGAGAGCGGGGAGAGCGGGUCGCGUUGCGCCAGGAAAGUGUUUCCGACUCUACACAGCGUGGGCGUACAAGAAUGAACUCGAAGACACGACGGUCCCCGAGAUCCAGAGAACGAACUUGGGAAAUGUUGUUCUGUUGCUGAAGAGUCUGGGCAUCAACGAUCUGAUUCACUUCGACUUCAUGGAUCCACCUCCGCACGAGACCUUGGUGCUCGCCCUUGAGCAGCUGUACGCGCUUGGCGCUCUGAACCACCGCGGCGAGCUCACGAAACUUGGACGCAAGAUGGCAGAGUUCCCCGUCGACCCCAUGCUGUCGAAGAUGAUCAUCGCAGCAGAACAGUACAAGUGUGUGGAGGAGAUCCUGACCAUCACAGCCAUGCUGAACGUGCAGGGGUCGAUCUUCUACCGCCCGAAGGACAAGGCCGUCCACGCCGACAACGCUCGUCAGAACUUCUUCAACAUGGCGGGGGAUCACCUCACACUCAUGAAUGUGUACAAUGAGUGGCAGGAGACAGAGUUCUCGACCCAGUGGUGUUACGAGAACUUCAUCCAGUGGCGAGCCCUGCGGCGGGCGCGGGACGUUCGCGACCAGCUGGCCGGGCUGAUAGAGCGGGUGGAGAUCGAACCAACCAGCAGCCCCGACGAUACCACAGCCAUCAGGAAGGCUAUCACAUCAGGAUUUUUCUACCACACUGCUCGCCUGAGUAAGAGCGGACAGUACAAGACGGUGAAACACCAGCAGACUGUGAUGAUCCACCCCAACAGCUGCCUGUUCCAGGAGCAGCCUCGAUGGAUCAUCUACUUCGAACUGGUCUUCACGACUAAGGAGUACAUGAGACAGGUGAUAGAGAUUGAGAACUCCUGGCUGUUGGAGGUUGCUCCUCACUACUACAAGGGGAAGGAGCUGGAAGACAACUCGGGAAAGAAGAUGCCCAAGACGGUGGGGAAGACUCGUGAGGAGCUCAAGCCUCUGGGAGUGUGAAGUCCAAGCAGAUUUUUUACCUAAAACUGUAUAAAGGACUGGCAAAAAAAAGUAGUUUUCCACACUAACAUCUGCUUGAAAAUUACUUGCUAUUUGAAAGACACUGUCAGACUGUAUAGAGGUGUUAAAAAUGCCACUGUGACAAUGACAAAUGUAUGUCACAUCUCUUGGUUUCUUACAAUAACACAAUAUACAAUGUACAUUCCUAAAUGUAAAGAGAAGUUGUGAAAGAGAUAGCAAACUUGAAGGGACAUCUAAGGAAGCGUAUUGGAAAGGUGAUUUGGAAAUGGUCUCUAUCAUCCUUUAGUCUUUGAAAUUGACUGUGGAGCAAAUAAUAUCUAAUGAUCAUUAAGGUAACAUGAUUAUCUGCUUUUGAAUUUCUGUAUACUUUGACUAACUACCAGUGAUCCAAUUAAAGUCUAUAGAUAUUUGGUGUAGACUUUGAUUUGGGGAUAUAGGUAUAUCUUUUUCAGGGUUUCCCAAAUUAAACAAAAUUGGCUGUGUUAGGCCUUGUACAUGCAUGGCAACAUAUCAGGAUCUGUGAUACUGAGGUUUCCAGAGUUGUUUUGUAUAGUUUAUAUUGAUAGCAACAUCCUGAAAUAGUUAUCUUACAAUCACUGCUCGUAUAAAUAUCUAGUGUAUUGGGAGUAAAUUUGGAUGCAUUCUUUUGUUCCACAUGCUGAGAACCCUGACGGUGUAAAUAAAACAUUUGAUAAAGACAUCUGUAAGCUGUGUUCAGUAAAGCUGUGUACUAGAAAACUGUACUUUGCCAUGAGUUUCAUACUUAUCUUGGAAUGUACACAUUACAUAAUAAUGUACAGUAUGGAAUUUAAAAUAAACAAUCCAUGUGAAUACAUAUCAGGACUACUGGUAUGUGCAAUUGUAAGAGUAGAUUCAUACCUCAAGCUACCGACAUCUUGCACACAUAUCAGGGCUACUGGUAUAUCAAGAACUAAAAGGCAAUAAAAACAAGGCACU